CCGCCCCUUCAUUCAUCGAGCUAGCUGACGGGUCCCACUCCACACCGUUUUGCCACUAAAUUAAUCCUUUAAAAUAUCUCAACAAGAAGGACAUUAUGUCCGCAAACAACAUGUCAGGCCCACAAAGGGUAAACAAAAUUAUCCGGUGAGUACAAUUGAGUAAAUGUCGUUGGGUUUGCUCGCUAGCAUUGCUAACUAGGUAGCUACUUAGCUAAAGCACACGUCAUCAGCACUAUUCUAACGCGAUUAUAGACUAGCUAAAAAGCUAGCUAGCUAGCAUUUUGUAAACUAACUAGAUGUUGUUACACUGACGUAUAGCUAAGUAAGGUAGCUAGUUACGUUAUUGAUGGUAGGGUCAUUCAUAUAUUGGUUGUUGUUACAGAUACAAGCCCCCCAGCACGGACGCAAACCCCACCCUGGAAGAUCCGACUCCAGACUACAUGAACCUACUCGGCAUGAUUUUCAGCAUGUGUGGCCUGAUGCUGAAGGUGACUCAGAUACAUCUGUUUAUACAAAACAUACAGACAGAUGACCUCGCCCCUCCCCCAUUAUCUCCUUUCUCUGUGUGCGUGUGUGUGUAACCUCCCCAAGGAGAAAUUGCCCCACUGUUGUCCCGCCUACCCUCCCCAUUUACGGGAUUAAAGUCAACCACCUGGGGGACAACUCCAGCCUUUCAACUGAGUGGUACAUGCUAGAAGUGUGUGUGUGUGCGCGCGCGCGCUGACUGCUGCCGCCGCCACUGAAAUCAGUCUAGUACUAAAAUAUUACGUAGGGCGUAUGUAGUCGGGGUCCCUGUGCUAGCAUAGCAAUUUAUUUUCCUUCACUGUCCCUGUCCUCCUUACUGAGCUCAAACUAGUGAUCCUCUGCUACGCAAACACACGUGACCGCACACUUGACAAGGUACUAGCCAGUUGCGUUAUCGAAAAGGCACUUAUUCAGCAAUGCUAAUGGGGACAUUUCAAGCUGUGGAUUGAAAUUGCAGUACGAGCUUAACCUGUUACACAUAGGCACAUUAUCUUACACAAUAUAUUAGUAACUGUCUGUCUAUGCUACAGCACUUCUAAAGCUUCACGCAGAAAAGCUGACACACACACAUUAUAAAGUAUAGUAUGUAGGUCAUUUUGUGGUCAGUAACCUCCUGUGUUGUGUGUUUCAGUUAAAGGGGUCCGCCUGUGUUGUGUGUUUUAGUUAAAGUGGUCCUCCUGUGUUGUGUGUUUCAGUUAAAGUGGUGUGCGUGGAUAGCAGUGUACUGCUCCUUCAUCAGCUUCGCUAACUCACGCAGCUCAGAAGACACUAAACAAAUGAUGAGCAGCUUCAUGUGAGUAGAACAAAUACGUGUGUGUGUUCUGUCUUUUAUCAAGUCUCAUAUUUCCAACCUACCCAGGGUCUUUAUGCGACUAUGAGGGAGAGAGAUAGAGAAGUAUGAAGAGUAACAGUAUAAAGUGUCUGCUGUUAUGCCAAAAUGCAGAGUUAUCUAUUAGCUGUCUCAUAAUGGCUUACUGUUAAUGUGUUAACUAUAAUACCAGGACGCAGCAGGAAGUUAGUUUGGCAACAGUGUUCUACCUGUGGUGUAUGCCCUAGGAACCAAAUGGAGGAGGGACUAACCUGAAUGUGUCCAAUAAAAAACACUUGUUUUCAUUGGUAAACGUUUUCCGUUGCAAAAACAUUUUGCUACAGUUUGCGCUAAUGAAUACACUCCUGGCAAUAAAACUAAAGUUAGUUUGGCAACGCUCGGCUCUACCUGGCAUUGUGACACGAGUUGGGCUCAGCUUUAAUGUCCAAAAGCUUUUAACAGUGACCUCCAGGUGUUGCAUUUACCCAUAACAAUUUACUACAGCAGAUAAUACCACUCACUUUGUGGGAGCGUGUGUGUCUGUGUGGCAUUUUUCCAGGGAAAGUAGUGUGUGUGUGUGUGUGGCUCUCCAGGUAAAGUAGAGAGUGUCAGGACAUCAGUAGUAGAUGCCUCCCAGUCCAUCACCUAGAUUAGUUUUUAUUAAAGAUAGUCUCUAUGCGCUCCUGGCUGGUAACACAAACUGUUUGGAUCAGCAAAAUCUUGUAGAAGUGUUAUAUGCAGCAAAUGCAAUGUAAUCAUAAUGGAAGAAUAUGAAGUUGCCCAAUGCCCAGUUAGGCUUAUAUAUACUGAUCCAAGGUCGGUUUGGUUUUUCUCUUUCUAAUAGUGAUGGUUAAGAUCUAAGGGAUGGUAAGCUGAUCCUAGAUCUGUGAAACAAGGGCAAGGUCUAACCACUGAACCUGAUGGCACUGAGGUUAUAUUAAAGAUGCUGCUGCUGAACAAUUUUUUUUCUUCAAUCUCUUCUUCUUUCAAUCAGGCUGUCCAUCUCAGCUGUGGUGAUGUCAUACCUCCAGAACCCCCAGCCUAUGUCGCCGCCGUGGUAACCAAGGACCAAUGGCAGGGGGGGGCCUUGCAGGAGAGGGGCGGUUCCAGACUGAGAGUGGGAGACAGACUCCUGACUCGCCCACUGACCAUCUGGGAGAGAGAGAGAGGGGGAUGGAUGGAGAGAGAAAGAGAUGGAUGGAGAGAGAGAGAGAGAGGGGGAUGGAUGGAGAGAAAGUGAUGGAUGGAGAGAGAGAGAUGGAUGGAGACAGAGAGGGGAGAGGGAAAAAGAUGGAUGAUUGA